AAACGGAACGGCAAUGGCACUGCCAGAUAUCAUAAAAAUAAUAUGGUCACAUUGUUCGUGUAAUCGAUAGAUUUGUAUAUCGACGCUAGCAACGUCUCCCGCAUUUUUCAGUUCAAAAGCAACAACGCAGAUUGUAAAAAUUGUAGUUGAAUUGUAAACUAAACAAUUGUAAUGGGCGCAAAAGCAACAAAAAUGGAUGCAAACUAUGUGCCGAAUAUACCAAAGAUAAACAGAGCAGCAGCACCAAUUGAACUCUCGUUGAGUCCUUGUCGAGAGAAUAAUGAAAUUUUACUCGAUCCACGCUCACCAAAUGGCUGCCGAACGCCAUUAAAUUUGCCACCGUUGAUGCCACUUGCAACUGCUGCAGUUGCUGCUCCGACGGAAAACACCUUUGCGCAACUGCGCAAGCGGCUCUUGCGGGGAUUCUCGCUGCAGGAUCCACGUUCUCCGCAAUUGAAUCGGACACCAUUGGUGCUGGAUGCGGCUAUCGAUCGUACACUGAAUAUGGACGACACCUUUGCCGACCUGUUUGUGGAGACGCGUGCACCACAACCAGCGAUCCCAUCUGCCGGAGACCAGCAGCCCGCAAAUGAGUCCGUGGAGAUUGUUUCCCUGACCUACGAGGAGGAUGAGACGAUGCCCUGCUGCGACAUGCUAGUGCAGCAGACGCCAGAGCCAGCAUCCGUCCCAGCCCCAUGCUAUGAUCCACGCUCGCCCAGCGUUGGUGUUGAGCGGACGCCCAUUAUUUUCUGUGAUGAUGCCGACGAGGCUGAGGAGCGCGAUACCCAAAUGCUCGAGGAGAUACUGGAGACGCUGACGCUCAAUCUCAGCGCGGAGAGCAGCAUGGCCUCCUUUGUCAGUGCCUCCGCAGAACUGACACAGGAUGAGCUGCAGUUGCAGCCUGCCCAGUCACUGUCACAAUCUCGUCCAGCCAACAAGCACUUGGAACGCGUCCGCUUGGGCAACAAGCGUCGCGUGGCGCCUCGAAAACCAGCGCGUGCCAACAAAACCCGCAUCUAUGUGGACGCCUUGGACUCGCACACGAGCAGCACACCCAAGAGCAGUACACCCAAGAGCAGCACUCCCAAUCCGGCACAGCGCUCCUCGCAGCGCACUCCGCUCAGCAGCGUGAACAGGAAUCGCGUUCAUUUGCGUUCGCGUUCCGUGGAGAAGGAUUUGGUGAAGCCAUCGUUGCAGUUGCCGCUGCAAAGCUUCGACGAUCAGCUCAAUCCCGGCGAGCGCCUGAAUGUGCCCAGCCUGCGUCGGCUGUUGGCAAGCGAGAAUCGCUUGGAGCCCUAAGCGUGCCCCCUCUUUUUUGCUUAGUAAAUUAAUUGCCUUAAAAAUCAUCACAUCAAUUAAUCAUUUAUCAUCUGAUCCAUAAAAAUAUAUUUGUAUAUUUGC